AUGUCUCAUAGGGAUAUCUCUGAGGUGGAGCCCGAAGGUACGUCGGCCUUGGCCGCUGGAUCCAGGGCACUAUUCUUAGAAACGGUACGCAGGAGUAAUACGGCAUGCCAGAAUGGAGAUUACGCAUUGGCCGCGACAUUAUACACAGAAGCUCUUGCCUUGGACCCUCUCAGUCAUGUGUUAUACUCAAACAGAUCAGCCGCCAGGCUAAAAAUGGGAUUAUUCGCGCUUGCAUUGCAGGAUGCUGUUAGAGCUACCGAGCUGAGUCCGCAGUGGCCAAAGGCAUACUACCGUCAAGGAGUAGCACUGCAAUGCUUAGGACGUCAUGGAGAGGCACUCGUUGCCUUCAGCACGGGAUUAGCUCACGACGCAUCCAAUCAUCAAUUAUUAUCGGGUUUGGUAGAAGCAUCUCUGAAGUCUCCAUUACGACCAACUUUGGAGCCGACGUUCCAACAAUUACGCGCUAUGAAACUCGACGAGUCUCCAUUCGUCGUAAUAUCCGUGGUUGGUCAAGAGCUGCUUGGAGCUGGACAAUACAGGGCGGCCGCUGGCGUGCUGGAGGCCGCGCUCACCAUCGGUUCAUGCAGCUUGAAAUUGAGGGGCUCUGUAUUCUCUGCUCUGUCCAGCGCAUACUGGGCACUAAACUCUCUGGACAAAGCAAUCAACUACAUGCAACAGGAUUUAGGAGUGGCACGUUCCUUGGGGGACACGCAGGGCGAGUGCAGAGCCCAUGGAAAUUUAGGCUCCGCUUAUUUCAGCAAAGGUAGCUUCAAGGAGGCUUUAACGGCUCAUAGGUACCAACUUGUUCUAGCUAUGAAAUGCAAAGAUACGCAGGCAGCAGCUUCGGCCUUGACCAGUCUGGGACAUGUCUACACGGCGAUCGGCGAUUUGCCGAACGCCCUGGCUUCCCAUAAACAGUGCGUGCAAUUGGUAAAACAGAUGGGUGAUCGACUGCAAGAGGCUCGCGAGAUCGGUAAUGUCGGAGCAGUCUAUUUAGCAAUGGGCGAAUUUGAAAGUGCUGUCGACUGCCAUACGCAACAUUUGAGGAUAGCUAGACGAUUGGGUGAUCGCGUAGAAGAGGCGAGGGCCUUCAGUAACUUGGGAUCGUCUCAUCACUAUCGUAGAAAUUUCGGGCAGGCGAUGGCCUAUCACGAAAACGUUUUGAGAAUAGCUCAAGAACUCGGAGACAGAGCGAUAGAGACCAGAGCAUAUGCGGGAUUAGGUCAUGCCGCCAGAUGUGCAGGUGAUUUAGCACAAGCCAAGCUCUGGCAUCAAAGACAGCUCGAUGUCGCGUUGGUCACGAAGGACAAGGUAGCCGAGGGACGAGCCUGCAGCAAUCUAGGCAUAGUUUAUCAACUACUCGGCGAGCACGAUGCCGCCUUAAAAUUACAUCAAGCGCACUUAGGAAUUGCGAGAUCGUUAGGAGAUAAGGCCGGUAUGGGUAGAGCGUACGGAAACAUCGGAAACGCUUAUAAUGCUUUGGGUUAUUAUGAACAAGCCAUCAAAUAUCACAAACAGGAAUUAACGAUAAGCAAAGAGGUAAACGAUCGUAGUUCAGAAGCCAGUACACACGGAAACUUGGCAGUCGCGUAUCAGGCAGUGCAAGGUCACGAAGCAGCGUUGAGGCACUACAGAGCUCAUUUAGCUAUAGCGCGCGAACUGAAAGACACGGCUGGUGAGGCGUGUGCCCUGCUAAAUCUCGCCAAUUGUCUUUCUUCGCGAGGCAGAUUUGAAGAGGCGGUACCAUAUUAUGAACAUUAUCUAAUGCUGUCACAAGAAUUGCACGAUGUUGAGGGAGAGGCUAAAGCAUGCCAUUUCCUAGGAUAUGCUCACUACUGUCUGGGAAAUCAUAGGGAGGCAGUUAGAUAUUAUGAUCAAGAUUUAGCGCUAGCAAAGGACCUGCAGGAUAAAUCUGGAAUGGGUAGAGCUUACUGCAAUUUGGGAUUAGCUCACUUGGCACUGGAAAAUCUGGACACUGCUUUGGAAUGUCAAAAAUAUUAUUUGGCAAUCGCGCAUAUGACCAAGCAUCUGGCUGGUAAGUUUCGCGCUCUGGGAAAUAUUGGUGAUUGUUUGUUGCGCAUGGGAGAGGUUGAUGAAGCUAUCAAGAUGCAUCAACGCCAGUUGAAUUUGGCGCGUCAAGCUGCCGAUCGUUGCCUGGAAGCGGCUGCCUACGGUGCAUUGGGGAUCGCUCAUAGAGCUACGAAGAACUUGGACAAGGCUCUCGGUUUUCACACGCAAGAAUUAACUCUAAGACAAGAAGCCGGUGACUUGCGCGGUGAAUGCAGGGCACAUGGAAACCUAGGUGCUGUGCAUAUGGCAUUGGGACAGUACACUCAUGCGGUCAAGUGUUAUCAAGAACAAUUAGAGAGAGCGAAGGAACUAGCGGAUUCUGGAGUUGAAGCCCAAGCAUUAGGAAAUUUGGGCAUAGCUAGGCUUAAUAUGACGCAUUACGAGGAUGCUAUCGGUUAUUUCGAACAACAGUUAGCAACUUUAGAACCGCUAACUACCGGCACCGCUUUACUUGACAAAGCUCGAGCUCUCGGAAAUUUGGGAGACUGUUAUGAAGCUUUGGGUGAUCUGGAAGAAGCUAUCAAAUGUCAUGAACAACAACUGACAGCCGCUACGAAGUUGAAAAGCAUCAGAGAUCAGGAGAGGGCAUACAGAGGAUUGGGAAGAGCUCGCGAGGCUACCGGGAACUUACAGGAAGCCUUGGUAUGUUUUGAGAAGAGAUUAGUAGCCGCUCAUGAAGUGGACAGUCCUGAGGCGAGAGGUGCCGCUUACGGUGAUCUAGGCAGAGUACAUGCUGCGUUAGGAAAUCAUGAGCAAGCUGUUAGUUGUCUGUCGCACCAAUUGGCCCUCGCUCGUGGGCUCGGCGACAAAGCGGCCGAGGCCGAAGCUGCCAGCGGUUUGGGAGCAGUACAUCUUCUAAUGGACGAUCCGAAUUCCGCGUUACGCCAUCAUCAAUUGGAGCUGUCGAUCGCUGAAGGUUUAGACGCGGCUGGCUUACAAGCUCGUGCUUGUGCCAAUUUAGGAGUGACUCAGGAGACAUUGGGACAAUACGAGGAAGCUAUAAGGUUGCAGGAACAGUCGUUGAGCCUUGCGGCCGCAGCAGGCGAUCAACCCGCUCGAGCAGCAGCUUUCGCGAGUUUGGGUCGACUUCAUCAUUUGUGUGGAGACCUGCCACGUGCUCUAAGUUAUCUACAAUCUGGUUUGUCUUUGUCUGAAGGCUUAGGCAGAAGAGAAGAAGCUGCCAGAUUGAGACACAGACUUGGUCUUGUUCACUGGGAGACCGGAGAAGCGAUCAUCUCUGUGGAACACUUGGAGAAGGCCGCAAAUCUCUUAGAAUCGUUAGAUGGAACUUCUGUGUCUCUUUCUUGCGGUCAACCUAAUCGAGCAGAGUUAUUAUCAGAAACAUACAGAAUGUUGCAAAAGGUACUAAUCAAUCUAAACCGAGCAGAGGAGGCUUUGAAUUGGGCAGAAAGAUCCAGACGAUCUAAAAGUAAUUCUUUGGAUGAUGCAGCUCAUUACUCUGAGAUCAUUGAUCGACAACGUGGAGUUAUCCUGUAUUAUAGCGAGGUGGGAUGUGAAUUGCAUGCGUGGUGCUUAGCGCCAGGACGUGGACUAUUACGAUUCCACUCCGCAACAUUGGACGAUGGGGUAGGUUUAGAAAAGAGAGUUCUUCAAGCACGCGAAGCGCUCCUGGAUGAAAGCAACGAGCUUAUCGAAGAAUCCACUAAAAUCCCGUCAAGAGGUCAUCACUUGAAUGCUAGUUCCUAUAGUUUGAGUAGUCUCUUCAGUGUCGGCUCUGUGAGCUCUCGUGCUGGAAGCGCUCGUUGGGGACGAGGUGCGAAAGGACCUACGUGGCAAGCACCAAUGCCGAUACAAGUACUCUACGAUCUUCUUCUUGCCCCGUUUGAAGAUCUACUACCGCCACCACGAAAGGAGCUGAUUAUGGUGGUAGAGAAAUCUCUUUACUUGGCACCGUUCCCGGCUUUGCAAUCCAAUCCAGGCGAGGAUUAUCUGUGUGAAAGAUUCUCAUUAUUAGUGGUACCAUCCCUUGCGGCGCUUAGAAAGAGAUCGAAAACACCUGUGCUAGAAGGCGGUGCUACUGUAGCUGCGCUGGUCGCCGGAAACCCUAUUCUACCAGAGGACGUUCGAGAGGAGUACGGAUGGGCUGAAAGCACCACUUCUACCGAGACCGAGUCAGAAAUAGUCGCUGAAUUAUUAGAGGCUCGUGCAAUGACUGGAUUGGAAGCUACCAGAUCAGCGGUUCUGCGAUCUCUACCAGAUGCGGAGUGUGUUCAUCUGACAGUGCCGGUCUUCUGGAAUACCGGUAGUCUUGCGUUCUCGCCUGAUCAAUGCGAGGAGCCAUCUGAAAGGCCGGAGUACCUGAUAAAUCAGACAGAUUUACUCAGAUUAAAGAUGUCCGCCCGUCUGGUGGUCGUAUCCAGUGGUCAGAGUUGGAGCAACGUAGAUUGCACGAAUGCCACAUCGGAUGGUAUACAGAAUAUCGCCAAGACUUUAUUAAGCGCAGGCGCGCAAUGUGUGCUCAUAGGGAUGUGGGCAGUACCACCAACUGCCGGUAGUAUCUUAUUACGAGCGUUCUACAGCGCAAUGUUGCAAGGCGCGAGGGCGUCGCGUGCAUUAGCCGAGGCGAUGCAAACUGUUCAGCAUACCAGACAUUUUGCUCAUCCUGCUAACUGGGCUGGUUGGCUGCUUAUCGGUGGAGACACAAGAUUAUCCAACAAGGUCGCGCUAAUGGGUCAAGCACUAGCGGAAUUAUUGCGUGGUGGUCCCGAGCAGAGUAGGGACGCGCUGCGAGUGACGCUUCAUCUGGUAGAAAAGUCAUUACAAAGAAUUCAUCGCGGUCAGAAGAACGCUAUGUAUACGACUCAGCGCAGUAUCGAGAACAAGGUGGGCGCGGCCACCGGAUGGCGAGAGCUUCUAAUGUCCGUGGGAUUCAGAUUCGAGCCGGCCGGCAAUGGUAUACCGUCCUCCGUAUUCUUUCCACAAAGCGAUCCUGAAGAAAGACUGACGAGAUGCAGCGCUAGCUUGCAAGCUCUACUAGGAUUAGGUCAAUCGUCAUUGCAUGCUUUGGCGAGACUCUUACAAGCGCCAGAAGCCGCAGAGGACGUCAUCGCUGCUAUGAGAAGAGCCAGUUGUGCCACAGAAGGACAAGAAGUUAUAUUGCCUGUACAUGUUUGGAGAGCAUCAGGAUCACACGAACUGUUCGCUAGUUUAGGUUUCGACUUGAUGGAAGUCGGACAAUCAGAAGUGAUAUUGAGAACAGGCAAACAAGCCUCACGUAGAGCUGUCCAAUUUGCUCUUCAAGCUCUUCUUGCAUUAUUUGAUACACAAGAAGCACCAAAAAGUCUUAGCUUAGAUUCAGGUAGUUCCAUGGAGAGUUUAGCUUCUGUGACCCAUACUGAGAAAAAUCUUGUAGAACGACCGCGAUUGGGAGGAGCAUUUGCAAGUUACGUGCGACAUCGUGGUGAACCAGAUGGAAAGACCAUGGAACCACCAAACGUUUUGAUACCAGCUUCACGACAGCCAUGUCAAAACGGUGGAGGUGAAUCAGACGUGGCAUUUACACCUAGUCCUCCUGUGGCGCUUAACUUGAAUCAUCAGACUCGUAUCCGGAAUCUUUAUCCCGAACAAAAUCCGGUAAGACCUGGCUCAAGCUCGAGCAGUUCAGUAACAGAUUGGGACAAUGGUCAUGCCACUGUAUUGAGGCGGCAACCGUUACCACCUUUGCCGGCUAAUGUAUUGGAAAGGUUGAGCGUGAGAACUGAGAUUGACACGAACACGUCGAGGAAACCACGGCAUGCCACAGCGACAAACGAGGACAUCUGCAGUGCACAGACCGACGCGACACAAUCCACGGAAACACAUCCGCAGAAUUUGAGGAAUCUGGCCACUUCCCUGACGAGUUUAACGCGGGAGCUUACGCCCACGAUAUCGGAGGUAUAUCACGAGCGCAAUUUGGGAUUGGGUCUAGCACCGUCAUUAUCGAAAUUGCUGGAGGAAGUGAACGCUGUAUCCGAAAACGAGGAGUCGCAAUCGAAAACAGUGAGCCACAGUCAGACACAGAAUUGGAUACAGAACGAGUCAGAACUCUGCCGGAGGGAUGAGGCUGACGGUAGAUCUAUUGCGGAGUCACAGUGCAGCGCCGCCAGUUCGAAUAAAAUACCUCGGAAAGCACCCGCGCCACCGAUAUAGAUUAUUUAUAUUUAUAAGUUAAAGCGUAAUUUCGCGAAGUAUAGUAUUGGGUACCAAAGAAUGGGAGACACAUUGAGAAACAGGUGGUCAGUGCCUUGCAAUCACAGCAAGACUGACAGAAAACGAUUGGCGAAAAACGUGCGAGCACAUUCAUUUGCCAAUAUUUCUUGGUAUUCAAGAUGAAACACCUGAAAGAAUAUAUUAGGAACCAUAAAUACCUUAAUAUUUACUAAAUGCACAUAUUUGCAUACAUGUCCCUUUAUAUUGGAACUCGUGAAUGUAACGAGUUCUAUAUACGUACAAGGAUGAAAUAAUCUCGCUAAUAAGCGCUAAUAUGCUCAAGUAUGAUUUUAAUUGUAAUCCGUCCAAACGUUUAAUUAUUAACGUUCUUAAUUAACAUAGCAAAAAAUGACUGUAGAGUUCGGAUGUUUAAUAAGCUAAAAGAAUCAAUUAUUUCCUCCCAUUUAUCAUUGAUAUCUAGAAUAAAUAAUAUUAGCUGCACCAACAUCCGAGCUUUAACUUCAACUAUCAUAUUUCUGAUAAAUUAUGCUAGAAAGUAAAUUUGGAUUCACAUUCUAUACUACGUUUGUAUUUCGCAAAACACAUCCACACACACACACACACACAUACACACACACACACAAAUGUAGUAUUAUAUAAGAGAAAACUGUUAAAUAUGUUGGAUAAAACUUAACA